GAUGGAUUAAGUGUGUAACUAUGAGGUGAAUCGGCGCUGGAACAGGAGUAGUUCCCCGAGAAAGAUUACUCAACUCGAGGCAACAUCCGCCAAGUUUCUCACUUGGGAAAGUUCGCCUGGAGUGAGCCCGCCGGGAAUCGAACCCAUAUCGCCUCUUUUUUUUAGCGGCAUAACUACAUGGGCACUGCUUGAAGCCGCUUUCGUCAAUCUGACGGUCUGCGCCAUUCUUCCGGGACACCCAGAACAUUGGAUGAAGUGUAGUGUGUAACCAUGGUGCUGCCAUCUGUGAUGAAUGGUGAAAACCAAAGUGCACAAAGUCAAAGAAACCACAGUCUGCAAUGAUGGAAAACGCAAGUGUACCAGAAGUUUCACUGGAAAGAACCCUAGCCAUUGUAAAACCAAUUGCUGUUAAACACCUCCAAGAUAUAAUUGAUGUCAUCAACUCCAACGGCUAUGAGAUAAUUCAGAAGCGCAUGGUGACGCUGACGCUGGAGCAGGCCAGCGAGUUCUACGAGCGCCAGGAGGGCCUGCCGUCGUUCCCGCUGCUGGUGACGUACAUGGCGAGCGGGCCGGUGGUUGCGUUGUGCCUGAUGGGGCGCGACGCCGUCCAGGGCUGGCGCACGCUGCUGGGGCCCGACGACCCCGCCGAGGCGCACCAGUACUUCCCCUUCAGCCUGCGCGCGCGCUUCGGCAGCCCGGACCUCGAGUUCGAGAACGCCCUGCACGGCAGCGCCACUGCCGAGGAGGCCGUGCGCGAGAUACACUUCUUCUUCCCGGAGAUGAUAGUGGAGCCACUGCUGACCGGCUCCGCACUGCAGAGCUACCUGGCCGAGAGCGUGAACCCAACCUUGCUGGAGGGGUUGGCAGAACUGUGCAAGGUGAAGCCGGUGGACCCGGUGGUGUGGUUGGCAGACUGGCUGCUGCUCAACAACCCCAACAAGCCCACCGUCGACAACCCUGCCCUGCUGGCUGUUGGGUAGACAAGCUACGAGUUGAGAUGUAUGCGCACAGGAUUAUCUAAUAGUGUUCAUGUUUGCACAUGGAAAUUCUCUCGGUGGUAUUGUAUUAGUCUUGAUACAUAUGUUUGAAAAGCUGAAACACAGUGUUUGCAACAGCGUAGUAAAUGUAAUGUAAACAAUUUUUCACUACGAAAACCAGUUAUAAGGUCCAUUAUAAAUAACAAGCUUUGGUUUCUAAAAAAAUUUAUGUUAGUAGUACCAAUGGUCUACAUAUCCUUCUGCAAAGUACAUAAACAAAUUGAUGUGAUUACAUCACUGCUUUUUUAAAAAAACACGUGACAAGUAAGAAAUAGGUUUCGCUGAUACUACUUUUCAAAACUGUCAGCUUGGAGACAAGUAGCAUGAGAGAUUUUACCACCAUCUGCAUGUGAAAAAGCUGUCUGGUUCACAGAGCUUGUAUUACACACACACACCUGUAAAAAAAAAGAUAGCAUUAGUUUUUUUUUAUGUUUGAAUCAAAAGAAUUAUCAUUACUCUCAUUGGAAUCCCAUAAAAUUGAUAAAAACAAAUAUUGAUACAAAUACUUUUGGAGAGGAAAUAGUACCUACAGUAAAAGGAGACAAGAAUAAAAAACAGCAGGAAAACAUGACAGGGUUUUACUGUAGCUAGAAUAGAAGCUUCUGGGUAAUAAGGCAAACAAUAACCUAAAGUGAAAGAUUAAAUAUUUAAACAAAUUAUUAACAGUCAAUAUUUAUACAGCCCACCAAACCAACAGAACACUUUGAUUACUGUUCACAUUAUUUUCUAUAAGUUGCUGCUCAAUAUAUUUAUACAAAAAAUACUGUGAACUUCAAUUCCAUUUCAUGGAUAAACCAGUGAAUUAAUUUUAUUAAAAACUUGAAAUAACAUUUUAAAUUUUCAUUAUUUACAUGAAAACAUUUUGUGCUGUUUUCCUCUGUACAUGGGAUUAUUCUAUUUCAAGUUGAAACACAUCUGUUUCAUCACUGAUAAAUUCAAAAAGUAAGCUGCUGCUGUGACGCAUGGUGGUAGAUCAAUUGCAAAGGAGUGCCUGUGGUUUCUGUUCUAGUCCAUGGUUGUAGAUUUUUUUUUCACCUCUACUAUAGCCCGUCCCACUCUUAGAUUGCAGUACACAGCUUAUGGCGCGCACUGUUGCCAAAUCUCUAACACAUUACGAAUUUCAGGAGAUGCGUGUAUUUGUAAUUUGGAUCGAACAAGAAGCAUUUUAAGAAAUCAUAUCGUAAUUUAUAAUAUUUUAUACUAUUACACAUAUAAAAUUGUAAUAAUACCACUUUUAUGUAAAUUUCAAAUAAAAACUACCUAUUGUAGACGAAAAUUUCUUAUAGUUUGCUUUUCUGUUCUAAAAAUCCCAUAUAUAUAUAUAUAUAUAUAUAUAUAUAUAUAUAUAUAUAUAUAUAUAUAUAUAUAUAUAUAUAUAUCACAUUUUCAUGGGCCCGAUAAAUGCCGUAUUUUUGGACAAGUCAUGUCCAAAAUGAUAAAUAAAAUACAGUAAUGGAAAUUCUCGGUCGAGUAAGUUAUGGGAAAAAUCUGAACAAUUGGUUCGAAAUGGGGAAGAUUUUUUGAAAAACAGGAAAAUCGCAACAACUCCCAUAAUAUGAAUAAUAUCGAAUCCGUUUUAACGUAUGAUAACUCGGAUUACCUAAUGCAGAAAAAUGUUUUCUAAAUACAUUUUUGAUACGACCAGCCAUAACUGCAUGGGUUCGAAAAAAAAUUUUCACCGGACAAAAAAACGUAACUGUCUUAGUAGACAACUUAUCAAAUCUGUUUAAAUUGUUUGUAAUAAUAUAUUUAUUUUCCAAAACUUUGUCUAAAACAAUGUUUGAUAAGAUGCUUGGUGUUGAGAAGGAUAGAAAAGUAAUUAAAAAUUUUGUACCAUGAUCGCUAUUGAAUUCCUUCGUAUUUCAUACAUUUUACAUAUUAUGUUCAAGAAUCGAUUAUAAUAUUUUUUGUUGACUAAGGAAGCCAUGUAUUUGAAAUUGCUUGUAGGACAGAACCCCACUUAUCUAAACACACGACCCUGUUUCCUCUUACGACGGUAGCGCGCGCUCUUGUACUGAUAAGACACAUCUUUAACAGCUAUUUCCACGGAAACUGUAGAAGCAAUUGAGAUGGGGCUGCUUUUAAAAACUAAUUCAAUUCAUUGUGAACAUUUUUCUCGCUUUCGUCCCCCAUCUAUCUUUAAUAGAAAAAAAUUUUUCCGCGGGUCAAACUUUUGAUGUUUCAGUUUGUGAGAAAAUGCAUUUCAAUAUAUUAAAAAAAUUAUUUAAGUGAAACCUGUACAGUUUUUGUCUUAACAUUUGUUCGGUGGCGUCCUAAGGCAUUAAUUUACUAAUAAAAAAAAUCUGAAUGAAAUACACAUGUAGGUUUUCUUUUUUUGAUGUGAAACAUAUCGGAAUACUUCAAAACAGUUCGCAGCGAAUAAGUUAUGUUUUUUAAUUUUUUCGGACACUUAACAAUAUUUUAAGUAUUCAAAAGAAGCAUUGCCUGAUGCGUAUUUUGAUUCUAUACAAUAUGAAAAAAGCUUGGUCCAAAAAUUAAAAUUUUAAAUUUUGUUUGAUAUUUGGCAACAACGCACGAAGAAACAAGGACAGUGCUAACGGCAAUUGGCGUGUGUUAGAGAGAGAGAGAGAAUGCGCCCAUUUACUUCCACACUGCAAUCUAAGAGUGGGAUGCUCUAUAGUAUGCAUUUUGAAAUAAAAAUAAACUUAUAAGUUUAAGAUGUUAAAAUAAGUCUUGAGUUUUCAAUCGUCCAUGCCAAUUAUUCCAGUACUGUUUUACAAGACUGCAAUGAAAAAACUUUAAAUACUUGUAAAUUUAACAAUUUUGAUCAUGUGAUCCUAUUUUAAAAAAAAACUGUAGAAUUGCACAAAUGUCUUACAGUCAACAUUGAUCACACUUGUUCAUGAGUUAUAGCAGUAUAGCAUGUCAAAUAUUUGUACCCGAAUGCAUAUAUUUGGACGUGUCAAGAGUUGAAUUGAUAGUAAAAAAUUUUUAUUCAACCAUUUGCACAUGCCUCAUUAAACAUCUUGUCAUCUGGA